AGCCUUUGCUGCUAAUCGAAAAAGAGUAGCCCCUGAAGUAGCAACAGCGGGUUUCCUCUCUCAAUAUCUGCAUGGUCCUUAACCAUAUGCCCGAUGCCAUAUAUGCGUAAAUACAAUGUUGAGUGCGUCAUUAAAUAAAACAUUUCCUUCCUUCUUUGCGAUUUACCAAUUUUUCACAGAGUUAUGGCCCUUGAAUAUAGGAGACACGAAAAAUUGUUGUGCCCGGUAGGGGGACAUGUAUUGCUUUAGCAGUACUCACAGAAUGCUUUUUAAUAUGUGAAAUAUUUCUUAAACUGAUAUACUAUUCUCAUCUGCAUUAUUUCAGAACAAUAUGGCCGCUGCUCAAGAAUCCAUUAAAGUCGACUGUCAGAUCUGCAUGCUGAGAUUCAGCAAUGAGGCUCGCCACAGGCCGAGGUCUCUGCCAUGUGGUCACUCACUGUGUCAUGACUGCCUGGGACGACACAUCGGUCAGACGAUCACAGGGACAACAUUCCAGUGUCCUUUCUGCAGGACAGCCAUUCAAGUGAGACACACCAGUCAGGAAGGAUAUGACUCCUUGGCCGAACAGUUUCCUGUCAAUUUCUUACUGGCAGAAACCAUCGAACACAUCGACAAUAGACAAAUCCAAAACACCACAGCUCAGCUGAAAACAAACUUCGAUGACCUCAAGAGGAUAUGCCAGUCAGCGGAGUACAAAAUGGAAAAUGAGAAUCAUCGUUACCUCUCCAAGCUGGACCUCAGCGUAGCACAGACAACGGCCGACAUCAACAACGCAGCAGAUAAACAGAUACAAGAGUUUACGGCCGCAGUCCGCGGCAACCAGGAGAAAAUGAUGAACCGGCUUGGAGUUGAUCACGAAAGUGCCAGAGGUAGAAUAGAGGAAGCCGGUAAAAAGACUAAGACAUUGCUCAGUGAAAUGUAAUGAAAAACUGUUGACUUCAGUUUCCUUGACCAAAUCGCAAAUUAAAGAGAACAUAAAACAAAUUCAACAACUAAAGAAAAUUUUGAAUGAUUAUUUGGCCACAUCCAUGUUCGGGGUUCAGCAUCCGGAAAUAACUUUCACGAAACAUGUCAACACCACAGACAACUUUGCUGCUAAUAUAGGCACAACAAAUGUGACAGACAAACAGAAAGACUUAUCACUAGGUGCCGAGUCUAGAGAUGAACAGACAGUCCCAAAGGACUUAUCGCUAGGUCCCAAGUCUAAAGAUGAACAGACAGUCCCAAAGGUCGUAGGAACAAACCCGAUAAGCGACAAACUCAAACUGGUCAAGGUCAUAAAUACUAAAGGCGUAACGAGUCCCGAUUUGUCAUCAAUUGAUGUUUUAAAUAUACAGGACUCUGUCAAAAUAGUCGUAGCCGAUAACGCCAACUCGUGUAUUAAGUGCUACAACUAUGAUGAUGGCACACUUCACUGUGUUUGUAAAACCAGCGGUAAACCACGUUGUCUUACGAAACUUGGUAAUGGUAACCAUGUGGCCGUAACGAUACCGACGCACAGACAGAUUAUAUUUGUGGAGGUAGAUAGUAUCAUCACCACCACAAAGUCCAUCCAUACAGGGAAAUCCUACUCUUGGAUAACCCAGUUACUCGAUUCCAGUCUGGCUGUCAGCGUGUGGGCCUCUGACCCCGGUUAUGUAGACAUAUUAGACCUGAACGGUCACGUGAUCAGGUCCAUAUCAGACCUUCCACCAGAGCCUCGGUAUCUCACAUCAUUAGGCGAAUCUUUGUUAGUUAUGUCCUACAAAUAUACAUGUAAGGCUUUCACGCGUGUGACGCUGUCACCAUCGUCGCGUCACAUCGACUGGGUGAAGUCACGCGACUCGAUGAUGCUGAAGGAUGCACGUGGUAUUACAUGUGAUGGGCAUGGUUUCAUCUACGUCACUGAUUUUGACCGCCAUUCCGUUGUUCAGAUCUCUGCCGAUGGUGACGUUAUACGUGACAUCAUGACCCAGCAGGACGGUUUGGUAAACCCUCGAGCUGUCUGUUUUGUCAGGGAUUGUCUGUACUUGACUCAGGAAAAUGGGGAAAUUAAAAUAUUUACAUGGACGUAAAAUAAGCCACAAUAUUAACUAGGGGUGCAACGAUACGAUCAAAACCAUAUUGUAGUAUGUAUUGUGAUAUAUCGCUGCUUCAGAACCAAAAGGGUGUAAGUUGGGGUAGCAGAUAAAGGAGAAAAGGGCCAAAAACUGUUUCUCACCUAGACACAAGUUUUAUGUGGAAUAUCGUUUGAUUUCAGUAGGUAUUAGGGUAAAGGAACACCACAUACCCUACUGUAUAGCAUAAUUUAGUCUUAAUUACUGUGAUAUUCAAUGUUUUUCACUUGCACCCUUCUGGUUCCAAGCCGGAUACACACCCAUACAGCAUGCAUUAAAAUGACUUGCACCCUUUUGGAUAUUCUGUAGAUCAUUAUUAUAAAGAUAAUCAUGCAAUGGAUAUUGAAACAACUCAAGUACUGCCACAACCUAACUGGCUUUAAAAGAAGAUCUGUCAGCCAUCUUCGUUGUCAGGUCUAGCUAGCCUUCACUUUCCUCUCCUGAGCUGAUAUCUGGACUGUUAUCCCUCUUAAGGGAAUCAUAAAAAGCGCUAUGGUCUUUAGGGAUGUCCUUGGCAAUAGCUAUUAGAUCCCUGUGCUUCAAAGCUUCCAUGGGCAAUGGGGCCUUGUACAAGUUAGGGACUUCUGCUGCUGCUCCUCCCUUGGACUUACUUGUAUUUGCCAAAGACAAGGGCACCCUGAUAAAGGGAUCAUCUAAACGCUCUUUGACAAAGAUGGCUGACAGAUCUUCCUUUGUGUGCCUUAUCCAUUUGAUCUUCCUGCCAGAGCACAUUAAAAAAAAAAUUCUUAUCAUCGGCUAUUGAUCGUCAAACAUAUGGUCAUUCUGACACUGUUUUUUAGAGGAAACCUGCUGUCACCACAUAGGCUACUCUUUUACAACA